AUGAUCCUCAACACAGUGCUGGUGGUCUUGACAGACCUGGCCGGCCACCUGUUGGGAAACACUUUGUUCCGUCGGCAUUUCCACCUUGCAUUGUCUGCUACGGUGGUGUUUGGGCCCGUGCUCAGUCUCUGGGUAUCCCAGCACAGCAUCUUUGCCAAGAGAAGCCACUUCCUGUACAGGAUGUUUUUGCGAUCUGGUUGGGGAUGGACAUGCAUCUUCGUUGGUUCCUUUGUCUUCCUUCUGUCAUUCUCCACCCGUCGUUCCCUCUCGCUGUCAUUCCGUCAUCUCUCCCGGCUUGGAGUUGCUGGUGGGCUGUGGUUCGUCUUCUGCAAACUUCUCGGCAUUCUCGAAAAUGCUACAGGAAGCUGCUAUGAGCCCCUGCCAGGAAACCCGGAGAAUAAUGACAGUCUGCCUAUCUUAGUGUUGAGAGAAGGUGAGAGCAAGGCGGAAUGCCUCAAAGCCGGGAUGCUGUGGAGAGGUUAUGAGGUUUCCGAGGAUGUCUUCCUCCUGUGUCUCUGCUGCCUUCUGCUCGCCGAGGAAACAGCGGUGUUUGGCCCUUAUCUGAGCCUUGGUGGAUGUUCUGAUGCCCCGCUGAGGAUGCUCUUCCUGUUCUGUGUUCUCUUGCUCAGUCUUUGGCUCUUCCUCCUCCUCUGCCUCCUUGCUUACUUCCCUCAAUUCCCCACCCAGCUGAUAGGAGGGGCACUUGGUUGUUUGUGUUGGAGGGGAUUGUAUCAAGGGUGGUACUGUCAGGCUCCCUGCUGGUACUGCCCUGGGAGACCUGGAUUUGGGCUUCUCAAAAACCAAGACUGA